AUGGCGUUUGUGGUCGUCAGAGAGAGAUGGUUCACCGUGCAGUGUGUGGUGACGGUCCAGCCUGAUACUGUGAGCCGCCAGAUGGUUAAGUACGUUGCUGGUUUGAGCCGUGAAUCGGUUAUUGAUGUUGAAGGUUUCGUGUCUGUUCCUAGUGUUGAGAUAAAAGGCACCACACAGCAGGUGGAGGUUCAAGUGAGGAAAUUGUAUUGUGUGAGUAGGGCUCCUGUGCUAUCUUUUAACAUUGAGGAUGCUGCUCGAAGUGAUGCUGAAAUCGAAAAAGCUUUGCAGGCUGGAGAAAAACUUGUCCGUGUUAAUCAGGACACCCGCUUGAAUAAUAGAGUUCUUGACUUGCGGACACAGGCAAAUCAGGGGAUAUUCAGCAUCCAGAGUGAAGUUGGAAAUAUCUUUAGGGGUUUCUUGUUAUCUGAAGGCUUUCGUGAAAUCCACACGCCAAAACUGAAUGCGGGUUCAAGUGAAGGUGGUGCUGCUGUGUUUACACUCGACUACAAGGGUCAACCUGCCUGCCUAGCCCAAUCACCCCAGCUUCACAAACAGAUGGCCAUCUGUGCUGAAUUUCGCGGGGUUUUUGAGAUUGGUCCUGUUUAUAGAGGCGAGGACUCAAAUACCCAUAGGAAUUUGUGUGAAUUUACUGGUCUUGAUGUUGAAAUGGAGAUCGACUUGCACUAUUCUGAGGUAGAAUUUGAAUGUCAAAGGUCUUCUUAUCCCUAG